AUGGGCAAGAGCAGCAUGAGAAAUAAGAGUGUGGGCAAGAAUGUUGCUGUUGGCAAGAAAGUACAAAAAAAGAGGCCGAUCAGCACCGCUGAGAGGAAGAGAACCAAGUUACAAGUGGAAAAGUUAAACAAAAGUAGUGAGACAAUGAUACCGACGCUGUUACGCGAGACAAAUACGCAAGAACCAUCCAAAAGGAAGGCUGAGUCUACUCUAAAAGCUGAAGAACUAAUAAAGGACCAGGAAAAAGACUCCAAGGUACGAGAACAAAUUCAGACAGAAAAAUCAAAGACAAAUGACAACAUGCUGAAGCAGAUCGAAAUGAUAUCCGGGUUUUCUUUAUAG